AUGAGCGCACCCGCGUCGAAUGGAACCCAGUCCUCGCAGGGCGCUGUGUCCUACGCCACCUCGUUCAGCUCCUCUCCUAGGAUCAUCACCACCACCAUAUACUCGGGCACUCCUCUCCCGACAGGCUCCACCGCCGCCGGCUCAUCUUCAAAAUCCUCUGUCCCAGUAGCCGCGAUCGCGGGGGGGACAGCCGGCGGCGUCUUCCUCGCCGUCGCUAUAGUCGUCAUAUGGACAUGGUGGGGUCGUUGCAUCAAGCGGCAGCGCGACAGGGAUCGCAAAGAGGCGCUCGCAAACAUGCAGGUCAAGGAAAACACCCGUCGGAAUGCGGCGUCCGCGUCGUACACGCAUCUCCCCCCCUCAUCUGCUUCGUCUCGCAAUGCGAGGAGGGUCACGUUUGUCCCGAGCACCUCCUCGUCCACACAGACUACCUUGAAGGCCUAUACGGACGAACCAAAACUGUCUCUCUCUCGGGACGUUCCGCCCCUUCAGAGCGGUUCCUUACCACCAUACAGGCCAGCGCGCCCAAGUCCCCUCGCCCAGGGUAGCCCGCGAAAUGAACAAGCCCCACUGCUUCACGGAUCGCCUCAUUCAGAGCCGCGGUCGCCUGUCGACCCCGCUCCCUCUCCGUCCGUUCAGCCGUUCGUCAAGCGGUCUCUGGCACACAAACGUUCUGCUGCGAGUUCCAUCUCGGCCUACUCCGCGGAGAGCGGCGAGGAGCGUCAAACGCGUGUCUCGACGAGUUUGGUCAUGGCCGCGCUGGGCCAUCUGGACCCCCGCCGCUCGUGGCUGGGCAACUAUCUUCCGCUGUCGGCCAAUCGCCACAGGGCGAACAACGAUCUAGAGCGAAAUCGCCUCUCGCAAAUGAGCGAGGUGUCGACGUACUCACAGGGUGAUGAGAUGCCCAGCGAACCUGUCGGCUAUGCGUACGGUGGCGAAGAGGGACCAGGUCCAAAACAGUCCGCGUGA